GGUUACGCAUGGGCAGAAAGUUUGAAAAGGCGCCAUCUUGGAAUGUGCAGACGGGGGCGGUACUGCAGGCUCUGUGGGCAGUGUGAGUCACUGCCGCACAGACGAGGAACGAUCGGUCGCCGACUAGCAGUACAGCAGUCGUACCAACACACCACACCCUUUGUCGGUCUCCUGUCGAGUGCUCCCGUCUGCUAGAGACAAGCUAAGAUUCCUUCCAGCCUUUCGGCAUCCUCGACCACGGGCCUGUCGAUCUUCGAGCCCGAGUUCGGACUUGCCUUGUUCCUGCGAAGUUCUGCCCAGACCAGACGGUCGCGUCGCGGCGAUCGCCCGGUUUGUAAACGUUUGCAGUGUUGGCUAAUCACGUCGACCUACAAACCGUGAGUGCGGAAGCUCGCCGGUUGUUUCCCAAGAAAUCCGACGUCCUGAUCGGACCGCCAUCGGGCCGUUAUGUAGCGGACACCCACCGGCCUGUCCCGCGCUCUUAUUUGGGAGGUGGGUGUUUUGAUAACCCGUGCACGAAGAGCGGAGAGCUCGCGGGCCCAGCAGCAGCUAUGGCCUCGGCACCGGUCGAGUUGGACGGGGACGUAGACUGGAAGGCACGAUGCCUGACUCUGGAAGGUCAACUCAUCAGAUUCAAGUCCCAGGCCAGUCGGAUAAGGGAACUGCUGGCUGAAAAGAUGCAGGAGCUGGAACGGAGAGUGCAGGAGGCUGACGCCAAGGCAGAUAAAGCAGAGGAGCAGUUGCGAGUGAUGGAGCAGAAGCAGGUAACCCAGAACAUCGACGUGCGGCAGUCCACCAGCGCUCUGUUCGUGCGCAUCCAGGAGCUGGAGACAGCCUGCAGGGACAAGGAUGAUGUCAUCCUCAAGUUGGAGAUACAGCUGGAGGAGCAGAAGGAACUUCGUGCUCAGGAAGGAGAGAUGGUCGAAAAAAAGGCAGCUAAAAUCAAGGAAUGGGUUUACAACAAGCUGGGAGAGUUGGAAGAGGAGAACGAGCGACUGCGCCGCACCCACCAGCAGUCCAUGUAUGCCCUGGAGUCCCUACAAAAGAAGUUGCAAGAGAGCCAAACCAAGCCUGCAGUUGUACCUGCGCCGGGGUGCAGCUCCCCUGGACCGGCAGGCGUGAGUGGAGGUGUCCCCCAGGUGGCCCGACCCUCCAGCCCGUCUGUCCCACCUGCCCCGCACACCUCCAUGGUCCGAGACCACGAGCCUGACGGAGAGGCCACCAUCAACUUUUCAGAGCAGGACAGAGUAUUAGAGACAGACCUGGACAAGCCAGAGAACUUCAUUCUGAACGCAGUGGAUGAUUUUGAAGAGGAGAAAAUGGACCUGGAGAGUGAGUGUGCUCUGACACCUGUCUCAUCCAGACAUGAGGACAGUCUGAUCGAGGAGCAGAUGUACAAAAAGUUUGAACUGCAGAGGUUGGACUCUUCCUCAUCUUCCAGUGAAUCACAAGCUAAAAUAUCACCAGUGGAAAGGCCAUUAAGCCCAGUCCCCCCAGAAGCCCCACCCUCCACCCCUGAGAACUGUCCCCCCACCCCCCUCCCGGGAACCGCUAGCAUGACUUUGCCCAGGAUGAAGGAAAACCUUCACUCCUCUGCAAGGAGAAAGUUGUCACCAGAUAAGAGUCCUACUAAAAUCCCUGUUCGCAGUGUGAGCUGUUUCCCCUUGAGUCCUGCCAGACAGAAGUCAGAAAAGCAGGGCCGUAAGUCCAGUACAGAACACAAACUGUCAGAAAAGAUGGAAUUUUCAUUGUCAGCACCUGAAGGAAUUCAGAAGAAGGCUGACAGGUCAUCCCCCAGAGGGAGUCCGGAGAAGAAGAGAUGCGAAAGUUUUGCACCUCAGGGAUCGCAAAACAAGCCCCCAACUCCUCCACAGCACAGAUUCCCAUCAUGGGAAAACAGAAUAUAUGACCUGGCAAAGGGAGGGAUUCGGGUUUCGGAGAACCUGAACGGAAUGCACAGAUAUUCCAGUAUUCCAGUGUAUCACACGGCACAUGGCCUGUACACAGACCACAGCUUUAAGAGUCUGACAGUUCCAGUUUUUACCACAAUUAAAGGGAAAGCGUCUCAGAUCAGAAACACGCCGUUCACAGAUGAGUCCACGGAUUCCUCAGAAGAGGAGGGUGGGGUGACCCCGACGUCGUCCCAUGUCCCUGGGUUGGACCCUACAGGAGCACCCCCGGCCGGCCCGGGGUCUCCUGCCUCCCUGGCACUGAGGAAACAGGGCAGUCCCAGCAGCUCGGGUGCAGUCAAGAGAGCUGUCUCCAUGCAGUCCACGAGCUCGGACGACUACGCCAUCCCCCCAGAUGCCAUGUCCACUGACAGCGACCACUCAGAACCAGAGAACAAGCUGCUCAAGACGUGUGCUGCUUACACCACCGAGAACAUGAGAAGGGAAACAUUAGAGAAGUGUGGCUACCUGACCAAGCUGGGAGGCAGGUUGAAGUGCUGGAAGAGGAGAUGGUUCGUGCUGAGGAAUGGGGAACUGUCCUACUACAAGUCACCUGAACCAUGGACACACAAGCUUAAAUUCCUGCACAGGUCUAGACAAAGUGAUGUGCACAGGAAGCCUCAGGGAAGGAUAGAGCUGGACGGACUGUGCAAGAUUGCGAGAACAGAAGGGAAUUGCACAUUUGAGAUUGUGACGGAGAAGAAGACGUACUACCUCACAGCUUACUCCACCUCUGCUAUGGAGGAGUGGAUCAGAGUGCUGCAGAAUGUGCUGAGAAGAUAUGCGACCAGUCCACUGUUUGAGCAGGCCCAAGGCAGGCCCGUCAUCAAGGGAUGGGUCUCCAAGGUGAAGCACGGACACUCGAAGCGGUGCUGGUGCGUGCUGAAGGGGCGCAUGCUGUGCUACUUCAAGCACCAGGAGGACAAGGUUCCUCUUGGUGUGAUAAACAUGCGAGAUGCCAGAGUGGAGGAAAUCGACAGAUCGUUUGACUCUGAUGAGGAGUAUGAGACAAUGGAGAAGGGAGGGGCGACCACACACCACACAGUCUGUAUCACUGCCAAGGACCAGGGCCCAACCUACCUACUCAUCAACAACAAGCAGGAAAAGGACGGCUGGCUGUACCACCUGACUGUGGCUGCGGGCAGUGGGAUGGGGAACAUCGGCACAGAGUACGAGCAACUUAUUGGCAAACUCAUGGACGUGGAUGGGGACCCAGGCAGUGACAUCUGGAAGACCCAGACCCUGUGUUACAGCAAGGAGAGCAUCACCUCGGCCCUUACCACCUUACCGUCUGAAGCUUUGCAAACCGAGGCUGUCAAACUCUUCAAGUCAUGUCAACUCUUCAUCAGUGUUCCCCUGGACUCUCCGGCCAUCGACUACCACGUCACGCUGGCCCAGAAUGCACUGCAGGUGUGUCUGACCCACCCGGAGCUGCAGAACGAGAUUUACUGUCAGCUGAUCAAGCAGACCAGCAGACGACCUCAGUUCCCUCAACAGGCCGCCAUACAGAAGGGCUCCGGCUCUACUAGUGGUGAGAGCACACCUCCUCAUUCGUCCACUAGUCCCAGUCUUGCCACCAGAGGCCGGUCCUCGGACUCCUCCAAACACUCCUCCAGUCCACCCCCCCAUCGCCAGCACCCUAAACAGACGCUGCAGCAGGGGGGCACCAAGCUCCAGCACCCUGCCAAUGCAACCUUGCAGUGCUGGCAGCUGUUGUCGAUGUGCAUUCCCCUGUUCCUGCCCAAGCACAUGUUCCUCUGGUACCUCAGGGCACACCUCAGCCGCAACGCUGAUCCAAGGACUGAGGUAGGGAAGUAUGCAGUGUACUGUCAAAGAUCGCUGGAGAGGACAUUGAGAAAUGGUGGCAGAGAGGCCCGGCCCUCCCGUAUGGAGCUGCUGUCCAUCCUGCUGAGGAACCCCUACCACCACUCACUACCUGUCAGCAUCCCCGUACACUUCCUCAACGGCACAUAUCAGGUUGUAGGGUUCGAUGGCUCUACGACAAUAGAAGAGUUCUUGAGGACGUUGAAUACAGAGAUUGGCACCAGGGACUGCUCUCUGUCUGGGUUUGCCCUCUUCACUGACGACCCUUCAGGAAGGGAGAUAGAACACUGCCUGCAGGCAUCAGUUAAGCUAUGUGAUGUGAUAUCCAAGUGGGAACAGGCCCUGAGAGAGCAGCAGCCUGGCAAGUUUGAAACUACCAGGAUCGUCAGGCUGACGUACAAGAACAGACUAUACCUGAAGAGCAUGGUGAAGUCAGAGACAGAGAAGGAGCGGUUACUGCUAACAUACCAGGUGAACGAGGAGGUGGUGAAUGGAAGAUUUCCCCUCAACAAGGAGCUGGCACUGGAGAUGGCUGCUCUUAUGGCUCAGAUUGAGUUUGGUGACCACAGCAGCGGAGGGCAGUCCAGCCCAUCCCAGAAGUCUCAGAUGGACCAGGUGCUGGAGAGGUUCUACCCCAUGAGGUACAAGGAUGGAUCUGAUGAUCAGAUCAAGCAGCUGGGCCAGAAACUGUCCACCAAGUGGUCAGGGCUGAAGGCUCGAAGUCAAACAGACUGUGUGCGCAUCUAUCUGACAGUAGCCAGGAAGUGGCCCUUCUUUGGAGCAAAACUCUUCACUGGCAAGUUGAAGGGCAUUGAAGGCCAGGGUCUGGUGUGGCUUGCUGUACAAGAGGACAGCAUCAGCCUACUAGAGUACACAAGCAUGCGCCUGUUGGUAACCUACAACUACAAGUCUGUGGUGACAUUUGGUGGCUGUAAGCAGGACUUCAUGUUGGUGGUGCACCAGGCAGUGGACAGACCCAUGCAGCAGCAGCAGGAGAUAGGCACCGAGAAGUUCCUCUUCAACAUGUGCAAACCUAAGAUCCUGGAGAUCACCCUGUUGAUUGCCAGCUUCAUCAACACCAUUGUGCGGCAGCAGGGCCUGACCUGCAAUGGGAAGUCUGGUACACUCACCCGAACACCAACAUCACCACAGCAGAAGCCAAAGGUGUGGGACAUGGAGAGUAAGGAGUGGCCGCAGAUCAAAAACAAACAUGGUGUUGUUGGCACCUCUUUUUAUGUGUAGAGAGGGAAACCCUGCAGCCAGACGGACAAUACCAGUCAGGAAAGGUGGAUUAAGUCUAAUACAUUUAUCACAAGUUUCCUUCAAAACCUGUCAUUUUUGGCUCUGUCUGGAUCGCGCAAGAGAGUUUAAGUUGUAUAUGCAUAUCUCAGCAGUAUGUCUUUAAAAUCAGAGCAGUUAGACACCCUCAGACCUGGAUCGUUUAGAACCCACAGGUUCUGGAUACUUAUGUUUAUUAACCGUGCAUUGUUUAAUGUAAAAUUGUUGUUUUUGUUAUCCAAUUUCUUCACAAGUCUUCAACUCUGCCAGUAUUUGGAAGCAUCCUAUAAAAGAAAAAUGUAAGAAAGAGCUAAACUUUGUUAUCUAGACAUUCUAGUAGGAUGUCAGGAUCGUACAGUAUGAACUGUACUGGAAUGCACAAUAUAAGAUUAUCUAUGUUCAAUGUGUGUUUUCAGGUGUCAGCAGUACAUUACCCUGGUUAAACACACCAGGUGAUGAUACCUCAUCUCUAGUUGUGUGCAAAAUAUAAUUGGAGUUCUCAAUUUUUGGCCCUGGUAUGGGAUGCUACUGGUAUCACUUUCUUGUUGUAGCUUGAAAAACACUCGCAUGAAUAAGUACACCUUGAUGUAGUAUGCUGACAAAGUAUACCUGGUGGGAUUCAGAUGUUAGAAAAGGGUUAAGUCCUUACUUUAACCUCCUCCAUACUGAUUGUAAAGUUGAUGGAUGAAUGACCCUCAGCUGGGAGAGGGUUGAGACAUGAAGGGAGAUGACAUGGAUAUAGCAGUUCUUACUGUGACAGUAUUACCAAGGAUGUUAUAUACAAACUGAGAAUGUGAACCUCAAGAUUAUCUGAUACUUACAUAGAUCGUCAUCUUGUGUGACACCAUAAUGAGAAGUAGACAAUUACCUGUAACAGCUUUAUCUCCUCUGAUGAUCAUGCAUACAGUACGUUCUUGAGGCAAAGUGCAAUACAGCUCCUUGCAGGCAUGUACACAGUCCACUGAAGCAAGUGUUGUUAGAUUUUACUCAUUGCAUAUUGUAUAACAGCCUUUGUGUGGCUGGUGGUUUGUAGUACAUAGACUAUGUAAUAAGCAAAGAUGUGUAAAGUAUGUCAAAGGCAUAGACAUCUUCCAGGUUUUAUUGGUGUCUGGAAAAAGAGCAGUUACAAAUGUCAGAUACAGAGUCAAGCCUUCACACAGUUAAAGUCUGCAUCUAUUGGUCAUUGUAUCAUCAUCUAUUUAUGAUAGUCGUUUUGGUGUAGGUACAGAUCAGAAAUGCUUAAUAUGUUGACUGUUCGAGUAGACAGUCCAAACAUAUUCAGUUGUGGAAUGUUUAAAAGGAAUAUUUUAGCAUUUUUGUACAGAGGUUAUUAUGUGUUGCCAAGACAUUUUAUUUUGCAUAUUGAACUUUUUUCUUAUUGUAAAAUGUUGUAUUUCUGUUUUAAUAAUAAAAAAAGCUCAAUGUUGGAACUAAUUUAUGAAGAAUGCAUAUUUAACAUUCUUUUGGGAUUUAUCCAGUGCCUGGUUUGCAUGGAGCACUUUUAAAAAUAAUAAAUCAAUGCAUUGAAUGAACACUACA